AUGGGAGCUACCAAUGAGACAAUGAUAAAGGAAUUCAUCUUGAUUGGGUUAUCUGAACACCCCAGAGGACAAACUGUGUUCUUCUGGUUCCUCUUGAUGGCAUAUCUCACCAGUCUUCUUGGAAAUAGCCUCAUCAUCUUUUUGAGUAUUGCUGAUCCCCGGCUCCAUAAUCCCAUGUAUUUCUUUCUCUGCAUCCUCUCUUUGAUCGAUCUCAUCAUCACCAACAACACGGUCCCCGAGGUCUUGGCCAACUGCUUCCUUUACAGGCCCACCAUCUCCUUCUACAGAUGUCUGAUCCAGAUGUACGUUGGUCUGUUUCUUGUCUCCACAGAAUGCGUCCUUCUGGCCAUCAUGGCGUACGACCGCUUUGCAGCUAUAUGCCAGCCCCUCCUCUAUAUGCAGAUCAUGAGCUGGAAACUUUGCAUCAGUCUGGUGGCCGCCUCUGUGGGGCUCUCCUUCCUGAUAACCCUUAUCACAGUCUUGUUGCAACCAACUAAUUUCUGUGGCCACUACGUUAUCAACCACUUUGUUUGUGAGCUGCAAUCUUUCCUGAAACUGGCCUGCUCGAACACACACAUCAGUCAGCUCUUCAUGCAGAUGUCAAGCCUCUUAAUUUUAAUACCACCCUUUGGUUUCAUUGUUGUGACCUAUGGGCGCAUCGGCUUGGCUGUAUUGCGCAUCCGCUCGACACAGGGCCGCAGGAAAGCCUUCUCCACCUGUAGUUCUCACCUCACUGUGGUCAGUAUCUUUUACGGAGCAAUCAUGAUUAUGUACUUAAAGCCUCAACAGAAAACUCCUUCUGAAGAGGAAAAGAUAAUCUCUGUAAUGUAUGGUGCUCUUACUCCCAUGCUCAACCCUCUGAUAUAUAGCUUGAGAAACAGAGAUGUGAAAGGGGCUUUCUGGAAAGCGGUUGGCAGAAAAAGGUAA